UGAUCCCGCGGAACGGUUGCGGUGGUGCCGCGGGGCGCGACGGGCUUUUAGCGGCAGCGCCCUUUCCGCAAGCAUGGAGUUUGCGGAGCUGAUCAAGACCCCCCGAGCGGACAACGUGGUCCUGCACCGCCCGUUCUACUUGGCGGUGGAGGGGACUCUGUGUUUGACUGGCCAUCACCUCAUCUUUUCUUCGCGGCGUCAUGAUAACGCUGAGGAGCUGUGGCUGUUGCACUCCAACAUUGAUUCUAUCGAAAAAAGGUUUGUGGGCUCAUUGGGUACCAUUGUUAUAAAAUGCAAAGAUCUGCGGAUUAUUCAGCUGGAUAUACCUGGAAUGGAGGAGUGUUUGAAUAUUGCAAGCUCUAUUGAGGCACUUUCCACCCUGGACUCUGUCACUCUCAUGUAUCCCUUCUUCUACCGGCCCAUGUUUGAAAUCAUUGAAGAUGGCUGGCGCUCUUUUCUGCCUGACCAAGAAUUUGAGCUUCUCAGUUCAGUAACAGAUGAAUGGCGUCUAAGCUGCAUCAAUAAGGAUUUCUCUGUCUGUCCAUCCUACCCUCCAGUUGUCAUUGUCCCCAAAUCCAUCGAUGAUGAAGCGCUUUGGAAAGUUGCCAUGUUCCGCCAUGGCAGUCGCUUCCCAGUCCUCAGCUAUUACCAUAAGAAGAAUGGGAUGGUCAUGAUGCGAAGUAGCCAGCCUCUUACAGGUACGAAUGGGAGACGGUGUAAAGAAGACGAGAAGCUUAUUAAUGCCACCCUACGGCCUGGCAAACGUGGCUACAUCAUUGAUACCAGGUCCCUGAAUGUUGCCCAGCAGGCCAGGGCCAAAGGAGGGGGCUUUGAACAAGAAGCUCACUAUCCCCAGUGGAGGAGGAUUCACAAAUGUAUUGAGAGGUUUAACAUUCUGCAGGAAAGCCUCAUCAAACUUGUGGAAGCUUGUAAUGACCAGUCGCACAACAUGGACCGCUGGCUCAGUAAACUGGAAGCAUCCAACUGGCUGACUCACAUCAAGGAGAUACUAACUGCAGCUUGCCUAGCUGCUCAGUGUAUUGAUAGGGAAGGUGCGUCAGUACUAGUCCAUGGGACUGAAGGAACAGAUUCAACACUCCAGGUAACUUCUCUGGCACAGAUUAUCUUGGAUCCCAGGUGCAGGACCAUACGGGGCUUUGAAUCUCUUGUUGUGAGGGAGUGGCUGCAGGCUGGUCACCCUUUUCAGCAGCGCUGUGCCCAGUCAGCCUAUUCAAAUAGCAAGCAGAAAUGGGAGGCCCCGGUGUUUCUUCUCUUUUUGGACUGUGUGUGGCAAAUCCUUCGUCAGUUCCCUUGCUCUUUUGAAUUCAACGAACGGUUCCUCAUUAUGCUCUUUGAACAUGCUUAUGCUUCACAGUUUGGGACUUUCCUGGGAAACAACGAAAAUGAAAGGUCUAAGCUGAAGCUGCCACAAAAGACUAUGUCCCUGUGGUCCUGGGUGAACAGUUCUGAAGAGCUGAUAAAAUUCCAGAAUCCUCUUUUUGAGGCCAACAGCCUUGUCAUCUGGCCCUCUGUUGCCCCACAGAGCCUGCAGCUCUGGGAAGGUGUCUUUCUUCGAUGGAACAGGCCUUCCAAGUUCCUGGAUGAAGCCCAGGAAGAAAUGAUCAACAUCAUAAAAUACAACAAGCAACUUCAGGCAAAGGUUAAUGCAUUGAGGAGGCAGAUAGCAGAGAUGGGAACAGAUGACAGGAUGUAGGAGAACCUGUGAGCUGGCAGGGCUUUGCCUCAGGUCUUUCCUUUCCAGUCCCCUUUAUGUUAAAGACUGAACAUGGAAAGUGCAUGUAUUACAGAGCCCUCUGGGUACAGCUGACCCUCAGUCCUCCCAUUGCUGAAACCUCCACUUCACACUAUGUACCUCUCUGCUUUUUGGGAGGGCAUUUUGUUUUGUUUACAGCAGACUACAUGACUGGGCACAGCGUCCUCCUCUCUUGGCAGCUUUUGUGUCUCAAUAUUGUGUACAGUGUCAGCAGAAGCUGGAACUCUUACCUCCAAGCAACUGUGUGGAUGACCAGGAUGGGCCAAGAGACCAGAUGAUUCAGAUUUAUUUUGGACUUAUUCUGGUCUUGUUGAACUCUCUCGACACUCAGCAGGAUGAAAGUACAAAGUUAUGUAUA